UUGGCACAGGAAAGAUUGAAAGUGACUCUGAUUAGAAACCGGUCCUUUUAGCACCGAUCAAUCCGGCUCUUACUAAAACUCUCACGUCGGUGUUUGUUUCUCCGUGUUUUGUCUUAAAGCUUUUGGGUUGUUUCCCCGGGUACGUCGCGCUCUUUUUCCUCCGAGGAUGAAGCCAUGAGUUCAGAGGAAGGAAAACAAAAACGCGUUUUGACUUAAAGAGGAAAAAGUGAAGCGUUAAUAUCAAGUUUUUUUCGACCUCCAGAGCUCACACGGUCUCUUUGCCUCUGCUUCCCCGACAGAAGAGCAUCUUCCCUCGGCUGUUUUACGCGCAAUCGCUCCCCCUUCCUCUCCCUCUCCACCUCCACUACACCGUCUCCAACUUUUUUCUCCUCCUCCUCCUUCUUCUUUGUGGAUCUUCGGUUCGGUCCCAGAAGAGUCCAGAGUCAGAGCAUUUGGCAGAGGGUCGUGUGCGAAGAAGUAGUGCGUCAGGAGCCGAAGCACAGCCCAGCCCUGGAUCCAAUACUGCUGCUCAAUGGACAGAGCCUCCUCAGCGGCCAGCAGCGCUACAGACACGCCGUAAACAACUCGUUCUCUCUGGCUGGAGCUCCUCUGGGGCUGUGGAGGCGGAUGGAGCGAGGCGGGGGGGAGAGUCCUCUCACCCAGGGCAGCCCUGAGCGGAGGGGCAGCCCCGACCUCAGCGUCCUGCCCCCCCCAGGGAAGAAGAGCCGGCUGGAGCUCAACGGGAGCCCCACCGGGCCCCGCAUCCGCCACAACGGGGCCCCGAUGAGGCCCCUCGGAGGUCUGAUGAUCCCUGUGUUCUGCGUGGUGGAGUCUGAUGGGGGGGUGCAGACGGAGGCGGGGGAGGGGAGGGAGGAGCACUCAGAGUUCGUGUUGGUGAGGAAGGACAUCCUCUUCUCUCAGCUGGUGGAGACGGCCCUGCUCGCCCUCGGAUACUCACACAGUUCGGCUGCACAGGCACACGGCAUCAUAAAGGUGGGCCGCUGGAACCCCAUGCCGAUCCACUUCCUGACGGACGCUCCUGAAGCCACGGUGGCCGACAUGCUGAUGGAUGUUUAUCACAUGGUCACUCUGCGCAUCCAGCUGCAGAGGUCAGAUUUUUCAAAGAUGGAGGACCUUCCCUCUGAACAGUGGAACCACACGACGGUGAGGAACGCUCUCAAAGAUCUGCUGAGGGAGAUGAACCAAAGCACUCUGGCCAAAGAGUGUCCGCUGUCACAGAGUAUGAUUUCCUCCAUCGUGAACAAUUCCUACUACGCCAACGUCUCCACCGCCAAAUGCCAGGAGUUUGCUCGUUGGUACAAGAGAUAUAAAAAUAUGAAAGUAGAUUACCUGGAGAAGAUGUGGUCUGGACGAGAUGCUGCUGAAAUAAAAAUAGAGAGAGACAACAUGGCGGACUUCUGUGUGCUGGGCCAGAGACCCCCCCCUCCUCACCUGUCCGGCCUGGCUCAGCUCGUGCACCUGGGGUCCGGCAGCUCCCUCCUUAAGGCUGGAGACCCUCAGAAUCCCUCACAGCAUCCGCUUACCCCCCAACAACAACAACCCUCUCCUCACGGCCCGAUGCACCACAGCCCCCCCCUCCGAACGGGCCAGGUUCCUCACCCUCCUCCCCCCUCCCUGCUGGGUCCAGGUGGGCUGCUUUCCCCCCAACUUUCCCCUCAACUGGUGCGACAACAGCUCGCCAUGGCCCACCUCAUCAACCAGCAGCUAGCCGUUAGCCGCCUGCUAGCCCACCAGCACCCACAGGCCAUCAACCAGCAGUUCCUCAACCACCCGCCCAUCCCUAGGGGGUCCAAAAUGGGAGGAGAUCAUCCAGGGAGCAACGCCUCCAACCCCGCAGACGUCUCCUGUGAAAUCUACCAGCAGGUCAGAGACGAGCUGAAGAGAGCUAGUGUCUCGCAGGCCGUGUUCGCCCGUGUGGCUUUCAACCGCACACAGGGUCUGCUGUCAGAGAUCUUGAGGAAAGAGGAAGACCCUCGCACGGCCUCUCAGUCUCUGCUGGUGAACCUGAAGGCCAUGCAGAACUUCCUGAACCUGGCGGAGAGCGAGAGAGACCGGAUCUACCAGGAGGAGAGAGAGCGCACCAUGAACCCCACGGUGGGCCUCCCCGCCUCCAACUCCUCCAGCCCCGGAGCCCCUCGCCUCUCUCAGAAGGUGUGGGAGAGGGGCCUGGAGGACCAGCUCACUCCUGAUACCUGGGCCUCCAUCUGGAAGAACAAGACUAAGAUCUCCAGCUCGCCCAAGCCCCCCGGCCCGGGCCCGGCCCCUGAUCUCCCUCUGAAGCUGGAGUCUCUGGUCAGCAUCACGUCACUAAUCUACGACGAGAUCCAGCAGGAGAUGAAGAGAGCCAAGGUCUCCCAAGCUCUGUUCGCUAAGGUGGCCGCCAACAAGAGCCAGGGCUGGCUGUGUGAGCUGCUGCGCUGGAAGGAGAACCCGAGCCCGGAGAACCGCACGCUGUGGGAGAACCUGUGCACCAUCCGGAGGUUCCUGGCGAUGCACCAGAACGAGAGAGACCUGGCGUACGAGGAGGAGUCGAGACACCACCACAACGAGAGGCUGCACACCGUGCUGCACCUGCCCCAGGACACACAGCUGUUCUGUUUUUCUCGCCAGGCUCUCCACAGGCCACCUCCUGCCCAGAUGAAGGAGCUCCGUGUGUCUCCGAUGCGUGAGGAGCAGUUAUCUGUCCCGCAGAUUGAGGAAGGGGCUCAGAUAUCAGCAGGGGGUCAACCCAACUCUGGAGGCAGUGCAGGGGGCAACAAGAAGCCCCGAUCACGCACUAAGAUUUCCCUGGAGGCCCUGGGCAUCCUGCAGAGCUUCAUCCAGGACGUGGGCCUGUACCCGGACCAGGAGGCGAUCCACACCCUGUCCGCUCAGCUGGACCUGCCCAAACACACCAUCAUCAAGUUCUUCCAGAACCAGCGGUACCACGUGAAGCACCACGGCCGCCUGAAGGAGCUGAGCGAGGGCGCGGCGGCCAGCGGGGGGGUGGACGUCAGCGAAUACAGAGAAGAAGAACUGCUGUCGGGCUCCGAGGACCCGGAGUCCAGCGAGGACGGAGCGGAGGAAAUCUACCAGACCUCAGAGGGGAAUAAUGGGAACACAGGGGGGCAAAACCAGCCACAAAACUCCUCCAGCCAGUCGAUAAACAUGGCUCAGGAGGAGGGAAAGGACCAGAAUCACGGUCGAUCUGGAGGACUUUUAGGAUCAGGAAGUUCCUCGUCCAGUCCCAAAGAGGAAAGGGACUAUCAGAGGUAAAAGACAGACUCAAAGAGAAGAGAGGACGGAGAGAGAGGAGAGGAAGAUGGCUGUAAGAGAAACCAACCCAGUCUCACAACAAAAACGUGAAAUAGCUACGUUGGUCCACAGGGCAAAACGUAGUCUAUUCACAAAUAACCCUCUCAAGACGUGACAUGAAUAAUGUAAUUAACAAAGGACAAACUGAUGUUUUUUAGUUGAUGAGUACUGCAGAUAUCACUGUAAGAUCAUUCAACAGUGAGGGGAAUGAUAUGCGUCCCUAGCAACCACCUUAGUAAGACCGGAAAUACUGUUUUCACGGUUUUCAGAGUUGACGAUAACUUGACAUGGACGCUGGUCAAUAGAAAUGAAUAGGGGGAAAGACGUAGUAUAUUAACGUUCUCCUGGUGAGACCUCAAAUAAUCUUUGUAAUAUCUAUCAAGCUAUAGAUCCUACACAUCCACUGGACGUAGAUUCUAACAGUACAAUUUACACUUCUCGCUAGAAAUGUAAUCAAAAAGCAUUAUAAUGGCCAAACUAUCCUACAAUGGCCGCCAUGUUUUUCCACGCUGGGAAAGUUUACGAUCACGUGACUUGGACACGGUCAUUAGAAAUGAAUAGGAAAAAAUAUUGUAUUCAUGUCACGUCUUGAGCGGGUUAUUUGUGAAUAUACCACCAACGUCGCUAUUUCACGUUUUUUUGUGAGACUGGGUUGGAGAAACUGCGUAAGAGGUGAACGCCAAAAAAAACAUCAGGAUGAAAUUGUGUAAGAGACACCUGAUGUGUGAAAUUACCUCAGCAAAAAGACAGCAGGUUGUGAAACUGUGGAAGGAAUUUCUUCUGAAAAAACCCCCAGAAUAAUUCACUCACUUAUUAACAGGUUGCUGCUCAUAAAUACAAGACUAAAAUCUCCACAACCGAACUUUCUAGAAACACUCCAAGGAGGCGGGAUUUCAUCAGAUCUGCCAGAAAAAUGUCCUGUUCCUCUGAAGUCUGAGCACAGUCACAUAUUUCCUAACAUGCCGGGUUGAAUUUGCCCCUCUGAGACGUUUAUAGACUGGAUCCCAGGGGCCAAUACAAUCCAAAUAAUCCUCAGGACACACACUGAUGUUGCUAAUGCUGUCGCCUGCCUGAGAACGUGGACAGAACAUUUCAUUGUAAAAAAUUAAGGAAAUGACCACCACGAAAACCCUUCACACUCCAGAAUCACUACCAGACCUUUCAAGCACUUACUGUUCAAAACGACACCUUUACUGGAUGAUGAACUCUUGCCUCCUUCUCGUCUUAUUGCUCACAAAACAGUCUAGUUGCCAGCAUUGUGGACCCAGAAAUGAGUAGUAGCCCUAAGUGUUGUGUUAAAAAUGUAUAGUGCAGGUCCCAAGUAAACUCACAUAUGUUGGGCAAUUUGCGAAAUUAGCACAAGUUGCGUUAAUUAACAUGAAGUAGCAUUAUAGCGUACUGUAUGUAAACAAUAUUUCAAAAACUGCCUGGUCGAUUCGGACAAUUUAGGAAUGGUUUUGGGGGUUGUUGAGGGUCCUGAGUCCAUUUCUGAAAUGUUCAGGAUCAUAAAUGGCAGUUUUAACCAAAGAAGUGGACAUAUUUGUUCACUAUGUGGGCUGAUAUGGACUAUCAUGAGUAGUGUUGCGACCAUAGUGAGCACAUUUAUUUUCUCUACUAUGGACAACUUUCUUUCAAAUAAUUAAGCAAUCUGUCCCAUCCAAAUGAUCCAGAGUCCACUAAAACUUUAAAAUUGACACAAAAUUCACAAAAAUCAGCCUACAGAAAGUACAAAUAUGCCCUCUUUCUGGUUAAAACUGCCUUUUUUGAUCCUGAAAAUGUCAGAAAUGUAUUCAGCAUCCUCAAUAACCCCCAAAACCACUCCAAAAUUGUCCAAUUCGGCCAAGCCAUUUAAUAACUAUUGUCCGCACUAAUGCCAAUAAAUGUUAAUAACGCAACUUAUGCUAAUUGUUCAAAUUGCCGAACAUAUUAAAGUUAGCAUCCGGCUGUUUCUAUGUGCUGUGGACCCUUGCUAUACAUUUCUAUCAUAACACUUUAGGGUACUCAACAUUUCCAUGUUCACAAUAGGACUCAAUGAGUUUAGACUAAAAGCAAGUGAGAGGUUUUUUCAAAAUGACAGUGGACAGAGGAUGUGGCGUUCAGGGACACUCGUGUGCAAACCCACGCCCUGCAAAUGUGCGGGCGAGAAAAAUGCCAAGGACAGAGCGGAGGAUUCAGCAAACCAAACAAUCAGUCACUUUAUGUGCGGUAGUCCUCUCCUCUCUCCAUCUCACCCUCUCCCCCCUUCUCCCUCCCUCUAAUUGGUGCCCACAGUCUCGUGUUUCACCACACCUCCCCGCACUUAAACUUCACCAACCCUAUUUAUUGCUAUCUUUAUCCAUGAUUAUUAUUAUCAUUAUUGUUAUUAUUGUUGUUAUUAUGGUUAGGAUUGCUGUCAUUGCGUGCUAUUUUAAAGUUUUUUUUAUUUCCAUGGUUUUUAAAUAUCGUUUUUUUUAAGAACUGGGCGUUGGUUUUGGGACACAAGAGACAUUAAGAGCGCUCUAAAUGAAGAAGAAGAAGGAGAGGAAAAGGAAAUAAAAAGAACCAGUUACUGAGUAUUAGUGGGUGGAAAAUAAAAGUCCCGUCAUGUUGUAUUAAUGUACGCCUUUUUUAGAGUUCUGUUUCCCAAAAAAUCGCAAAUAGUUAAAUAACAAAGUGAAAACUGUUGAUGACAAUCUACUUUUUUGAGCCAUUUAAAAAAAAAAAGUGGCAGGUUUGACUCACUUUUGAUGUCUGUACAUACCCGACACGGGAUAAAUUGUUAUUGAUAUACUUUUUAUUUGUAAGUGUUUGAGCCAGUUUGGAGUAUCAGAGGAGUGCUGUUCUGUUUUAUCCUUUUUUUUGGACAACUCAGUGAAACCAGUUCAUUGUGCCAGGCGAAGUCAAUCACAAGAGUAUUUAAAAUGAUUUGUUUUUCCUUUGCUUGGUGUCUGUUGUGUACAAGUAUACAGUAUGUUCAAAAAAAAUAAUCUCUGAGGAUGGAUAGUGUCCAUGUUGUUUGGCUGCUACACUCGAACAGAUGACCUGCCUUUUAAUGAUUACGUCGACUUUAAUCACUGCGAUGAUGAUGAUGAUGAUGAUGUGCUUUUCUGUAUGACAGGAAUCAGGGUUAGACUCUAAUGCAGUUCCAAUGAAAUCUGAGUUCAUCCAGCGUUGAAGUGAAUUAAAAUUUGUGAAUUCAAA